AUGUUUUCCUCUUCGAGUGGGGCCCGUCCUCCUCUCUUUUCCUCGAGAGAGCGGCACAAUUUGCCGCUCUCUACCAAAACCUGCUCUCAUGGAAAAGCAUCUGAAGCUGCCGUGAAAAGAAAACGUUUCGUCGUCACGCCUCGAAACGUCGCGAAUGUGACGCAAAGUGACGUCGCCAAUUCUUCUUCUUCUUCUUCUUCUUCUUCUUUUGAAGGAGGAGGAAAAGGAGGAGGAAAAGAUCGAGCGAGAGUGUCGAUUCCGUGGACGUUAUCGAGAGAUCCGAUCAAGGAAGGCCCAGUCGGUCCGGAAAACUUAACCUGGAACCCGACGAAUCAAACCAUCAAAGAUUGGCGGUCGAUUUAUAGAAACACGAGUUUGAGCAACCAAACGCAAGCGAGCUCGGACGCGAGAAGGAUACCGAAAGCGUGCGUCGUGGACGGGGAGAUUCCGUCUGGAUUACAAGGCGGGACUCUGUUUAGAAACGGACCCGGGAUGUUGGAUAUUUACGGGAAAGAGAUUAACCAGUUCUUCGACGGGGACGGAUUGGUGCACUCGUACGAAUUUAUUACGGCGCCUUCGUCCGACAAGGAAGAGGAUAAAACGAAUAUUCAGUUCAAGCAUAACUUUGUGGAGACGAGAGGAUUUUACGACGAACGAGAAGCGCAGCAAAUGUUAUACAAAGGCGCGUUUGCCGUCGGAAACCCCAAAGGCGAUUCGUUUUAUAACCCGUUCGAUUUUGAUGUCAAGAAUGUGGCGAACACCGGCGUCGUCGAAUGGAACGAUAAAGUGUACGCGUUGUGGGAAGGCGGGAAGCCACACGAGUUGAGGAAGAACGAUUUGAACACGAUUGGAAAAGAAGUGGACGAAGUGUUAGGGCAAGCUUUGAGAGUACCGCAAAUGGCGGCGCAUUACCGAGUGGAAGAAAACAAAGAGACGAAAGAGAGGACUUUGAUUGCGUUUUCAAUCGAGUCGCAACCGAGCGCGUUUCCGUUCACGUCGAACAAAGCCGCGUUUUACGAGUGGAACGAAGACGGCACGGAGAAGAAGCGCGUGGAUUUUGACGUGCCGAACGCGACGUUUGGAUUCUUUCACGACAUGUUAGUCACCGAGAACUGGUAUUGUUUGUUCCAAAACCCGACGAGCUUAGAUUUUCAAAAGUUGAUGACUGAGUACAUGUUCGCCAAGUGCGCGUUGGCGGAAACGAUUGCCAUGCAAGACGGGAAAAGACCAAUCUUGUGGAUGUUUCCGAGAACCGAGAAAGCGAAAAAGAUGUUGAGUGGUGACGAAGUCGCGAAGUCGUACGAGUUGAAGAACCAGUUUUUCUUCCACCACGUGAACGCGUUCGAAAGAGAAGAAACCGGCGAAGUGUGUUUAGACUCCAUCCCUUGGAAGUUUAUGGAUUUCUCGAUGAACUUAGAUAUGGUGACUCCGGCGUUCUGGCAAGAUGGAUCGAGAACGGAGUACACUCGAUUUACCGUCAACCCGUCGAAAAAAGACUCGAAACAGGUGAAACAAGAAUCCCUGUCGGACCGAUGCUGCGAGUUUCCGUGCAUGAAUCCAACCAUGGUUGGUAAGGAACACAAAUACGUCUACACGGGUGGUUCCGUCGUGAAAGACGGGAAAAAAUGGGGACCGAACCAGUGCUUGGUAAAGUACGACGUGUCCCCAUGCGCGAACGAUAGCGGCGAGAAAGCGAUUGACCAAGUGUACUACUACGGCGAGAGAUGUUUCGUGCAAGAACCAAUUUUCGCGGCGAAACCGAACGCGGUCGACGAAGACGACGGGUAUAUUUUACAACUCGUCAACGAUGCGGGUUCGGAUGAAACUUUUUUGUAUAUCUUCGACGCGAAGAACAUUGAAGCAGGUAAAGGGUACGAGUGUAAAAUCCAAUUGAUGGACGAGCACGUCCCUCCUGGAUUGCACGGUUACUGGUCGCCCCCAAAGAAAUAG